GACUUCGGUUGACCAGAGUAAGGCGGGGAGGGAACACUUUAUGCCUCUAUCCUUUGCCCUUCCACCCAGAUUUGGAGGAACACCGAUAGUGUUAUGUCCUGUUUGCUGGAAAUCCUGCCCUCCUAGUAAAACCAAGCUCAGAGCUCUGGGCCACCUUUAGCGACCUCUCCUAUUUGCUUGCAUUCACUCCUACCAGCCUCUUCUGUCUCCUACUGGGGAUUGAACCUGGGGCUUCAUGCAUGCUAGGCAAGUGCUCUAUGACUGAGAUAUGCCUCCAGUCCUUGGCUUUUUUGUUCUGAUCCAACCACUUCUUGCCCAAGGCCUUUGCCCUUUUUCUGGCUUCUUGAAACAGUCUUCUUUAUUGGAUAUUGGAAUGCCCAGCAACCCUUCAUUCAGGUCUUAGUUUCCCUUACCUCCGAGAGGUUUCCCCUGACCUCCUUACUCAAUUAUUGCUAGAAUGGAUCACAGCCUGAUUAUCUUGUCAAACCUUAAAAUAGAGGUUUGUGAGGAGAAGGAUGCUUUUCAUCUUAACCACUGUUAGAGUCCUCUCUCUGGACUAGUGGCUGGCAUACAGCAGAGUUCAAGAAAUGUUUGUCAGCAGAGGAGAUGGCCCUGAGCCUUGCCCGGGCAGUGGCCGGCGGAGAUGAACAGGCUGCUAUGAAGUAUGCCACCUGGUUGGCAGAGCAGAGGGUGCCCCUCAGGGUGCAAGUAAAACCCGAGGUCUCCCCAACACAGGACAUCAGGCUGUGUGUGAGCGUGGAGGAUGCCUACAUGCACACCGUCACCAUUUGGCUCACAGUGCGCCCUGAUAUGACAGUGGCCUCCCUCAAGGACAUGGUAUUUCUGGACUAUGGCUUUCCACCCAGCCUGCAGCAGUGGGUGGUUGGACAGAGGCUGGCGCGAGACCAGGAGACCCUGCAUUCGCAUGGUGUUCGACGGAACGGAGACAGCGCCUACCUCUACCUGCUCUCUGCCUGCAACACCUCACUCAACCCUCAGGAGCUGCAGCGGCAGCGGCAGCUUCGCAUGUUGGAAGAUUUGGGCUUCAAGGACCUUACCCUGCAGCCACGGGGUCCCUUGGAGCCUGUCCUUGCCAAGCCCAGGGCCCAGCAGGAGCCCGGGCAGCCAGACGCAGCCUCAGAGUCACCACCGGUGGGCUGGCAGUGCCCUGGCUGUACUUUCAUCAACAAACCCACACGGCCCGGGUGUGAGAUGUGCUGUCGUGCAAGGCCCGAAACCUACCAGAUACCUGCCUCGUACCAGCCUGAUGAGGAAGAGCGAGCGCGCCUGGCUGGUGAGGAGGAGGCGCUGCGCCAGUACCAGCAGCGGAAACAGCAGCAGCAGGAGGGGAACUACCUGCAGCACGUGCAGCUGGAGCAGAGGAGCCUGGUGCUGAACACCGAGCCCGCUGAGUGCCCCGUGUGCUACUCGGCGCUGGCACCCGGCGAGGCCGUGGUGCUGCGCGAGUGUCUGCACACCUUCUGCAGGGAGUGCCUGCAGGGCACCAUCCGAAACAGCCAGGAGGCGGAGGUAUCCUGCCCCUUCAUUGACAGCACCUACUCGUGCCCUGGCAAGCUGCUGGAGAGGGAGAUCCGGGCGCUCCUGUCCCCUGAGGACUACCAGCGCUUCCUGGACCUGGGUGUGUCCAUCGCCGAGAACCGCAGCACCCUGAGCUACCACUGCAAGACCCCCGACUGCAGGGGCUGGUGCUUCUUUGAGGAUGAUGUCAACGAGUUCACCUGUCCUGUGUGCUCCCAUGUCAACUGUCUGCUCUGCAAGGCCAUCCAUGAGCGCAUGAAUUGCAGGGAGUAUCAGGACGACUUGGCCCUUCGGGCUCAGAAUGAUGUGGCUGCCCGGCAGACAACGGAGAUGCUGAGGGUGAUGCUGCAGCAGGGUGAGGCGAUGCACUGCCCGCAGUGCCGGAUUGUGGUGCAGAAGAAGGAUGGCUGUGACUGGAUCCGCUGCACUGUCUGCCACACUGAGAUCUGCUGGGUCACCAAGGGUCCCCGCUGGGGCCCUGGGGGCCCAGGGGACACCAGUGGGGGCUGCCGCUGCCGGGUCAAUGGGAUUCCUUGCCAUCCUAGCUGUCAGAACUGCCAUUGAGUCGAAGAUGGUAGCCCUCAAUAUUGAUCCAGACCCACAUGUGUAGCAGCUAACGGAGGACCAGGCCAGGGUUUGGCCACUGUACCUUUAUGCUUGGCCAGGCGAAGGCCCUGAGCUGUGCUGCCAGCCUGCUUGCUGUUACAGGAGCCCAGCUUAGCUGGGGUCACGUCGGUCCCAAUGCCUGCGUUGCUCCACAGGGUUACUGACCAGCCCUUAUGGCCCUGAGCUAGACACUCUAUCUACCCUUACUAGCCACCAGCCUUAAUUAAACACAGCCCUGGCCUAAGGCCUGGCUGGCUAGUGCUCUGAGCCUCCGAGUGACUGUUCUCCCUCAGCAUGCUCCCUGAGGACCCACAGCCUCAUCCUUUGCCUUGCUGGCUUUCUGAGCACUUUUGCUGCUGUUGCUGCUGAAGGCCUGGCACCUCUUAGGGCCACUGUGAACCCAAGCAGGUAGAACGGUAGGUCAGAAAACAUAGCCCAUGGGGUCCAGCUCUGUAUCCCCCUUUGAAUAAGUGAAUUAAAAUUGUUUUCCAGAAA